GCCAAAUUCGAGACGUUACUUAAUAAAAUUCAACAUUUUGAGUUUCCAACCAGCUUUGAAUCUCCAUUUCCAUGGCGGAGAGAAAUCACAGCCGUCAAAUGGAUCCAAAGACCGGAUUCUGUUACAAGACCAGAACUUACAGUAGCCUGAGACCGCCAAUCCCUCUUCCGCCACCUGAUCAACCUAUCUCCGCCGCGGAAUACUGUCUCUCCAUCUUCUCUUCCACUUCCACCGACGGCGCUGUUCCAGUGCACGGCAGGGAUGCUGACAAACUGCAAUAUCAGGGUUACGGUACACUUCUGAUGGAAGAAGCUGAACGGAUAGCCAGCAAAGAGCAUAGGUCGACAAAAAUAGCUGUUAUAUCUGGUGUAGGAACCCGGCAUUAUUAUAGGAAAUUAGGGUAUGAGCUUGAAGGCCCUUACAUGGUCAAAUGUAUAGUCUGAUAAGGCUAGUUUCGAUUUAAAAAAUAGCGUAAAAUUCUAGCAACACAUAAAUCAUAAUUUUUGUUCAAUUUGUUUGCCUGCAUGAACCCGUAUUUGUAUACCCUCCUUUAAAUAUUUUCAGAAGAUCAUGGAGAUUUAUACAUUUUCUUGAUAGAAUAUUUAUUAUGACAAA